UCGCUCUAAUUUUGUUUUAGUUUCAGCAUAAUUAUAGUUUCAUCCUAAUGCUUCACUUAACCCGCCCACGUGUUUAUAAUGAAACAACCAACAACCUCAGCAAAUUUAUCCAAACAAGCUUUUAAUAAUCCACCACAAGAGGCACCAGAUAAUGGAGGUGGUGUCAGGACAUUCAUGUUGAUCCCCCAGUUAAGAGACACUGGUCCCAAGUUCGCCCCCAACCCAAACGUUCCCGAUAGUUUUAACGACUCAGUUAAUAAUGUGAGCUCUCCAACACCCCUAGUGGCCAUUAUUGCCCCGAUUGCGUGCAUCGUCGUUCUACUGCUGCUGACGUUCUCGGCGCGUAAAGUUUGGGUUAAAUAUAAACUAAGUGAAAGGAGAAACACGACGAGUAAUUUUGAUUUGGGUGGAAAUUAUGAGGAAACGAUCGGUUUGAAUUCGGCGAACUUGGAUAUGCAGAUCGUACAAGAAACCAACACUAGUUCCAAAGACACCGACACCAUGAAGGUUGCCCAACAAUCCCUCGACGAAGAUCGACCGAGCUCGCUCAAGUUCCUCGCUGCAUCCGUGGCGUUUCAAAAUAGCACGGUGCCUGCUUGCACAAGGCUGCCAUAUACGCCGGAUCCAGAUUAUAUUUUAAACGAGGAGGAAGAUAGUUGUGAUGUCAUAAAAGAAUCCAAGGACAACGUGGCGCCUUUAGUUAAACAACGAACAAGGAUGAAACCUCGCGGGUUGCUUGAAAGACGAGGAUCAAAUGUAGCUCUCACCAUCUCACUGCGAAGCGGGGAAAAACAAAAUCCAGUCGCGGCUAAAUCUCCGAAACCCCUGACCUACCUACGACAAGCUUCAUGCGAACUCACCCCUGCCGCUCUUCACACCAAGUCAUGUGACACGCUGCAGUUACAACAGGAGUUCUGGGAAAUCCCCAUGAACCACCCAUUCGAGAAAAACUUCAACGUGGCGGGGCACGGGACUAAGAAUCGUUACCGCAGUAUUUUGCCAAACGAACACAGUCGCGUAAAACUCCCGGUUGUGAACGACAACGAUCCGUUAUCAUCGUAUAUCAACGCGAACUAUAUACGCAAGUUUGAUGAUGUCAUCACUGAUGAUGUCACUACCGAUGACAUCACACCCGUCACCCGUAGCAACGCAGCUUACAUCGCGACACAGGGGCCGAUGGGAAACACGUUGGACGACUUCUGGCGCAUGGCGUGGCACGAAGCCGCGGCAAGUGUUGUCAUGAUCACAAAGCUAAAGGAACGGAAAGAGAAAUGCAGCCAAUAUCUCCCCAUGGCAGUUGGUGAAAGUUCAACAUAUGAUGACAUCACAAUCACUGUUGAAUCGAUACAACCAUUCGAACAUUUUACCGUCAGAAAGCUGACCCUCACCCACGUUAAUGGAGAGAGUCGUGAGUUGAACCAUUAUUGGUACACAUCAUGGAUGGAUCACGAAACACCCGAGAAAACACGGGGUUUGUUGGAACUCGUACAAGAAGUAACAGGGUGGGAUCGGACGCAACAUGGUCCCAUUAUAGUUCACUGCAGUGCCGGCAUCGGACGAACAGGAUGUUACAUCGCGGUCACCACUGGGUGUCAGCAGUUGCUACAAUUCGGGAAAGUUGACGUUUUGAAAAUCGUGUCGAGAAUGAGGCUUGAUAGAGGCGGUAUGAUACAAACAUGGGAACAAUACCAGUUCGUCCACCAAGCAUUGGGUCGUUACGCGAGGAUACUUGCUGGUGAAAAUGUGACAACCCCUUCCACCAGUAGUUCUAUACGAAGCCCCCCUGAACCCCUAACUAAGGGUGAUGUACAGGGAACCUCGAAGCCCCCGGCCACCCCAUGUACCCCUAUAGGGGAAGUACCAGGCACCCCUAAAAGGCCCCAAACCCCGAAGCACCGCCGAUCUUUCUCAGCGACAAAUCUCCCGGCGUCGAAAGAAAUCAAAAUCUCGGACCCCUUACCACUGGAGGCACCAAAGGUGUCCUCGCCAAGAUUGAAAGUUCGGAAAUCGAAACCAAAACUCCAUAUUUCAACCACCCCACCACCCACCUGUGACAUCACAAAGCCAUCUGCCUCCCCAACAAUAAGAUCUCCGUUCGGACGUCUUUGUUUACAGAACAAGGAACCCUCCCCGUCCCCCCUCGCCAACUUUAAGUUUGAUUGGCCAGAAACAUCGGGACGUAGAGCGCCACCUGGCGGGAAGUUAAAGUUAAAACAAACAGACGAGAACGACGUAAAACUUGGAGGGAGAUUCCCUCAAGUGAAAACGGAGGUCGCUCGAUCCCCAUUGGCUGAUCGACAUAAUGGGAUUAUGACAUCACAGAGACGACAUUUUGCGUUUGAUCUCCCGCCCCUCCAAAUGGCCAACGGGGUCAAAGUGGAGGGUGCGCCAUCAAGUGACGAUAAAACACCCACUAGUGGCGCUAGCGGGAAAAGUGUAAAAAGUGGGGGUUCCAACGAAGCAAGCGACCGAUUCGUGUUUCCUGCCCCCGAUAAAAGAUGACCCCUAAUAACCCCACCAACCCCUCACUGUGCCCCAAGGUUAAAGAUGUAACCCCCCGUUAGCAACCAAACUUUUCGUGCCAUAUUUUUUACCACUAGAUAGCACUGCAAUAGUUUCUUCACUCCCCGUCCUAUCUUCACACUGGUUGACUGUGUUUUCACACCCAUUCAUGUUUUUAUCAACGUUCCCUUCAAAUGAUGAAAUAAAUUUUAAUCAUUUUU